AUGGACUAUACUUUGAACUACCAAGAUUUGCUUGGAAGCGAGGGGCCAGAGUAUGCAAACAAUCCAUAUCGUUACGAAAGCCAUCACCCGGUCUGGUCCUACCCAGGUGAAUCAAGCAGUAUCGACCCUUAUCUUGAUGCCCUUCCACCCCAUGGCCUUCCACCCCAUGGGGGCUCCCUGUCACACCAUCACCCAAACAACUUCCUAAGGGGUAGUUUCUCUGCUUAUGACCCUGCUGCCCAUGGGUUUUCUCUUCCAUACCAGAGGAACACUCAAGACAAUGAGCUGUAUCAACUUGGGAUAUGCUCCCCUUCCCCUGGUGAUGCGACCCAAUUUCGAUGUGUGCGUCAUAUGUCACCUCCCGACGCUGCUGGGUUUGCAGCGUCCAGCACCGACUCCACUACAAGCGACUAUGCACUUAGUCCUGACAUUAUUCGGAGCCCCUUUGAGAUUCCCAUCUCUCCCCGUGAUUGUGACCUGUACGGACCAACACUGGGCACUCCCUUCAAUGUUGUCAACAAUUGGAAUCCACAACCGUCCCCGAUGACUCCCCUUCCUAACUCCAUACCUUCCACGCAGACGCCGUUGAGAAUGAGGGACCUCCAGGUGACACCAGAUCCAGAGCCAGAACUAGAGGAUAGCAUCAUGGAUGAUAGAGAAGUGCUUCAACCUAAGCUCAAUCCCGAGGAACUCGAACUGUCAGAGCAACUUGCCAGUCCAGCAGAUUCUGGGCUUGGCAUGUCCCUGCAUGACGAUGACACCAUCACCGUCAAGGAUCCGGAGGACGAUUACGGAGGCAUUGAGAGUGGCAACGAUUCCGACUUCGUCCCCGGAGCAAGAAGGCCUGCUCGAGGAAGCACUAGUCGACUGAAUCGUGUUGACUCUCUGAAUCGAAGAUUGUCUGGGACCGGGCGAAACUCCACCAUAAAAGGAGUCCUUGGACAAGCACGAGUCAGCAAAACCUCGAAGGGCCGAAAAAUGGCACCUGAGCAUUCCCGUGCUAAAAGCAAGAACGUCACCGGUAGAGGUGCGAAGCAUUCGGUCAAAAAGCCACAGCAGGGAGCCAAGUCUUUCCCUUGUACCUUCCAUCACUAUGGGUGCAAGGCUACGUUUGCGAGUAAGAACGAAUGGAAACGUCAUGUCGCAUCUCAACACCUGCGACUGGGUUAUUUCCGAUGUGAUCUAGGAUCCUGCUCCCCAGAUGAUAGCCGUAGUCAACAACGAGGUUUCAAUGACUUCAACCGGAAGGACCUAUUCACCCAGCACUGUCGACGGAUGCACGCUCCUUGGGUCGGAACCAAGAAAGGCGAGGAAGGCGUGUCGAAGAAGGAGAAAGACAAUUUCGAGAAGCAGCUUGAAAGCAUCCGAACCCGCUGCUGGAUCGAUCGGAGAAAGGCCCCCAAAAGGAGCAGCUGCGGCUUCUGCGGCGAGUCCUUCGUCGACACCGAAGACGGCAAGGCCUGGGAUGCUCGCAUGGAGCACGUCGGCCGCCACUUUGAGCGCGAUGCAUACAGCCUCAAUCAGGAAGCAAUUGACACCGGCCUUAGAGAGUGGGCUAUCAAAGAAGGCCUGAUCCAGCCUGGCAGGAAGCAGGGCGAGUGGUGGCUUCUUGACCAUGAACCUGCUGCUCCCACAGCACGCACGCAAACGAAUGCCCGACGGAGCGGGAGGUUGACCGUCAAGCAAGAAGAGGACUUGCAACAAGUCGAGGAGCAAAGCAGCAGUGACCCAAGCGACAAUGAUGAUGGCAGUAGCUCCGACUCCGACUCCGACUCCGACUCUGACUCUGACAUUGACGCUGACGCUGACGCUGAAGGCGAGAUUGAGGUCGAGCAAGAGGACACAGCUGUUCAAAAUGGUGUAGACGAAGAAGACGACGAGGAUGCCGAGGGUGAGGAGGAAUGA